UCGUGUGUGUGUGUAUCAUACUAGUCACGUGAAUUUUAGUACAUAAUCAUUUCAUCUUUAUUGGUAAACCUUCUUAUGUACUCAAAAGUUGUCAUUCGAUAUGAUCGUGAGAGUAGGGGUCUAACAGGAGGAUAAAUGAGAUGUCAUUUUGACUGGUUCGUCUUGAUGGUCUUGUGACGCAAAUUUUAACAUUCAGUCAACGAGAAAUUCCCAUUUAAAACUUGUUAUACACACGAAAAUGAGUGGGCCAAACCUGAGCAAAUCGAGGAACAGCUACCAGAGUAUUGGCACCACAAGGGAGCCGAUUUGGACGCAAGUGUCGAGUGACCCGUCCGAGAACGCCGGUACAGCAAGUAGUAGUCCACCUAAAUUGAAUCCCGAUAACGUCUCCAAUGUCGCUCAGCAGAAUGGGGAAGUUGGCGGCAACCACUUUGGCAUCAACACCGCAACAGCGGCUCUAUUCAUCGCCGGUGAAAUGGCCGGGAGUGGAGUGCUUGCUCUACCAAGGGCUCUCGUCGACUCAGGAUGGAUCGGGCCAGUUUUGCUUGUGCUCAUGAGUCUGGUCGCUUGCUAUGGUGGCUCGAGGCUUGGCAAAUGUUGGACCAUAUUGGAGGAGAGGUACCCUGAAAUUUAUCCCAAGCACCUUCAGACGCGCAAUCCCUACGCUUGCAUUGCUCACAGGGCUCUUGGAGAUUGGGGAAGUCGAAUUGUGUCGGCCUGCGUCCAAAUCACACUAUUUGGAGCUGGCACAGUCUACCUGAUUUUGGCGGCCGAGCUACUUGAUGACCUACUGAAGGGCCUCAUCCCCAUCGGACCAUGCACCUGGGUGCUGAUCCUUGCAGCCUUCCUACUGCCAGCCAUGUGGCUGGGUUCACCUAAGGAUUUUUGGGGCGUAGCGGUCGGUGCUCUUUUGACCACGGCCUUCUCGUGCCUCUUCAUGUUCACGCAAAUCAUGAUUGACGGCAUGCAGUUCUCUAUCCACCGCAACACCAGGCAGCACACCUUCGCCAACUUCUUCAUGGCCUAUGGAACCAUCGCCUUUUCUUUCGGGGGCGCCUCCACCUUCCCCACCAUACAGAAUGACAUGCUGGACAGAAGCAGAUUUCCUUUCAGCGUGGCCGUUGGAUUUAUUCUAAUAAUGGUUUUAUACCUACCGGUGGCGAUUGGAGGGAUGCUUGUUUAUGGGGAAACUGUCUCCCCAAACAUAGCCCUUACCUUAGGAGACAGCUGGCUGGUGGACGCUGCCAAUCUUCUGAUGGCUUGCCACCUGAUUUUGGCAUUUCUGAUCGUCACGAAUCCAGUUAGCCAGGAGCUGGAACAUAUCAUGAACGUCCCUCACGAAUUUGGACGUCAGAGGCUGUGGUUGCGAUCAAGUUUGAUUCUAGGAAUGGUUCUCAUGGCUGAGAGCAUUCCUCAGUUUGGGAAAAUCUUGUCACUGGUGGGCGGAUCCACCAUAACUCUGCUAACCUUUGUACUUCCGCCGCUGUGCUACAUGAAGCUGUGCGAUCAAAUUGGACCUUGGCCUCAGUUGAGACCGAUUCCUAUCCAUGAACGCGUCUUCAUAUACGAGAUGAUCGGCCUGGGGAUAUUCGGAGGCACAGUCGCCACCUACAACUCCCUCGUCUCGAUUUUCUCUCCAAACUCCUUCUCUCGCCCUUGCUACUUUAACUGGUGGUGAUACUAUUGUAAUUUGUUGUUGGCCUUUUGCGCAAGUCUAAAUUUGAAGUUAAGUUUCACUAUGGUUUUGAUAGCUGCUAGAACGUAUCUUAAAACUGGGAAAUCAAAAUAUGACUGACAGACUGACUGAAUGCCGUUAAAUUUUCGUGCUUUUUUCAAGUUGAGGAUUUGUUGUCUACUGAAUUCAUUUGCGUCCAUGAGUAUAAUUCAGGUGCCUCCAAAUCAAAACUGGUGAUUUAAAACUUAUUCACAGAGCAGCGUUUUUCAAUUUUUUUUCGUGAUGAAAAUUAAAAGAUGGACACGCUUGCUCUUAAUCACCAGUAAGAAUAGAAGCCAUUAUUGCGAGAAUAAUAAUCUAUUAGCAGAUGGCGCCCCUGUCUAGUUGUAUGCUUAGAGCGACGUCAUGUUGAUUAAUCUAUGAAAAAGUUUUAUAAUACUUAUUGGAAUGGGACCAACCGACAGAAAAACAUCAACGCUUUGCCAUGUUCUAAAAUAUUUGUAACGCUUGAAAACAUUUAAAUGCAAAUUUUGUAUAAAUCUAUACAAUGAAGUAUGCUAUAAUUAUAGCUCCAAGAAAAUGUUUCUUUGGAAUUAAUUUUAGAUUUCUCGGAAAGUCAGUGUUUGUCAUCGGAUAGCACACAAGCUUUGCAUCCAAUUUUCCUGAAAAAUUGGAUGAGCUAAUUCGUACAUUUGGCUUUAGCUCUCUAUCCUAAAUUAUUGGGGAAUGCAAUAUCAAAAAGUUAAUAUAUCUAGUUUUUUAACAUCUAUACUCUUAAAUAAAAACUGUUUGGUCAAUCACGUUGAAAUAUUUUGGACAAUUUAAGGAUAAGAAAUCGAAGCAAAAGUGCCUAAAACUUGUUGCGCGCGAUGGUGAAAUAUGUUUACGCCUCUAAACACAAAAAAUCACUUCUGAUGGCAGCUUUUUAUUUUGUUGAUCUUUGAAGUUCUCUUUAUAUUUUAUCUCUUUCAUAAAGAGUGAUUUUGCUACCUGUGACCCAUUACUCCACUGAACGUUUUAAUUUUGCUUGAAAAUCCUAAUCCAAACAUUAGAAUGCUUUUCCCACAAAUCAAAAUUAUUUUUGCGUGUAACAUGCAAGCACAAACUUCUCUGUAUCAGUGAAUGCGCAAAAGGCCAAUCAAGUCGAGUGCCAUCUAUACACAAAUGUAUCCCCGUGUAUGUACUUGUCUUUUUGCUUCUCAUAAGUGAUCUUAACUUGCAAUAAUAUCUUGCUAGUCUCUUUUGUGUUGGUAAAAGAUUUCGCGACCUUUGAAAGGUCACUAAAAAUUAUAUUUUUUGAACCAAAUCUGCAUAAGUGAUUGCUGGUGUCAAAUGUUAUAACAUGGAAUUUCAUCAUUUGAAUCAUCUCACUUCAUUCUUUACGUUAAUAAGAAUUCACACAACGUAAUAAGCUGUACAUUCCAAUACUGAGAUAUUGCAAAAUCAACUUUGACCACUAUUGUGCUCAAAUUUAUUUAUUAAAUCGCUGCAGCAUACCCUGCAUGCCGGACAAAAA